GGCUGUGUGCGCAGCCGAGCGAGAACACCCCAUUAGGAGCGUCUGGCGGAUCGCGUGAAACAGCUAUGGAUAGCUCGGAUGAAUCAGACGGCGACUUUGUCCCUGGGCAGGAGGAGUCUUCCAGGGGACGAGGGGGAGAUAGCGAUGGGGGAGGCGGGAGUGAUGACAGUGGAGGUGGCGGCGAGGACCGUAUGGAUGACGACGACUUCUCGGACGAAGGCAGCGACGACGAUGACGAAGAGGGCAGCGUUCCCGCACCAAGAGGAGAGAAAUCAUCCUCAUCCUCCCAAGGAAAAGCCAAAAAGAGGGACAAGGGCAAGAGCAGCAGCAGCAGCAAGAAGAAGAAGAAGAAGAAGAAGAAGAGGAGGAGCGGGAGCAGGGGGGGCGACGAAGACGGGGGCGGCAGCUCUAGCAAGAGGAAGAGGGGGGGCGGGGCGGCGGCUGCGAGCUUGUUCGAUGAUGAGGCGGAAGAGAGCGACGGUGGCGGCGGGGGCGGCAGCGAUGACGACGACGAGGAGGCGAGUGUCUUCUCUCAUUGGUGGAGGUUUGGUUUUGUGGAUGCGGUAGAGGUCCCUAUUAAGUGCCGCUUGUUUAUGGCCGGUUGCCCUGUCAAAGGCCGGUGA